AUGUUUAACCUCAACCCUAACUUGAACCUCUACCACGAAACGUCCACUGAUCUCCAGUGUACAGCCCACGACCACUGUCCAGUCCUUCCCACCCUGCCCAUAGAUCUCAGAGACCCUGUGAGGAACAGGUGCCGCACCACUCAUCAAAAGAAGAGGGUAAAGAUGAAGCAGUAUGUGGUCACCAGGCCACUCUACUCAGAGGACGCCUUCGCAGARGAACAUGAGAAGAUCCACAGGCACCAUAAGACAGUGAGGCACCAUGUCAAGCAGUAUUUCACUUGUGACCUCAAGCGAGCUAAGAACGCAGCGCUCUCUCUGCUGCCUUUCGUUGGUUGGAUGAGAAUCUACCAGCUGAAGGACUGGUUUCUGAGUGAUAUUGUAUCUGGGGUCAGCACUGGACUGGUAGCUGUUCUACAAGGUCUGGCAUACUCCCUGCUGGCCUCCCUCCCUCCAUGGUAUGGACUCUUCACUGCCUUCUUCCCAGUGAUCAUCUACUUCUUCCUUGGCACUUCCAGACAUAUCUCAGUAGGGGCGUUCCCUGUUCUGAGCCUCAUGGUGGGUGCAGUGGUGACGAGGCUUGUGCCUGACGAAGGCCCCCCAGUCAACAUCACUGGGUUUGAGGGGCUGACCAGCGACGAGCAGAGAGUAAUGGUGGCCGCCUCUGUCACCUUCCUCAUGGGGAUAAUGCAGCUGGCCAUGGGUCUGCUGCAGGUAGGCUUCAUCGUCAUGUACCUGUCAGACACGCUGGUGUCUGGGUUCACCACCGCGGCUGCUGUCCACAUCCUGGUGUCCCAGCUGAAGUUUGUGUUGGGCCUGGUGGUGCCGGGACUCAGUGGACCGCUGUCCAUCGUCUAUACCCUGGAGAAGAUCUUUGUCCAGAUCGAGAAGACCAACGUGUGUGACCUGGUGACGUCCAUACUGAUCAUGGUGGUGGUGUUCAUAGUGAAGGAAAUCAACGAUAGAUACAAAGCCAAGCUGCCUGUUCCAAUCCCCAUAGAGGUUAUCAUGACUGUCAUCGCUUGUGGCGUUUCCUAUGCAUUCAACUUCCGGGUGAAUUAUAAAGUUGAUGUUGUCGGCCGUAUUCCAGUGGGGUAUGAGUCACCUAUGGCCCCGAACAUGCAGAUCUUCGGGCAGACUGCUGUUGAGGCGUUCCCUAUGGCCAUAGUGGGCUUUGCUGUAGCCUUCUCUGUCGCCAAGGUCUACUCAGUCAAACACGAUUACAUCAUAGACGGAAAUCAGGAGCUGAUAGCUUUUGGGGCCAGUAACAUCAUUGGAGCAGCCUUUAAGUCGUUUGCAGCAAGCACAGCUCUCUCCAGGAGUGCGGUACAGGAGAGUACAGGUGGUAAAACRCAGAUCGCUGGMCUACUGUCAGCGCUCAUCGUGAUGGUCGUCACCUUGGCUAUCGGGUUCUUAUUGGAGCCACUUCCAAAGUCGGUGCUGGGGGCGGUGGUCAUAGUCAACCUGAAGGGGAUGUUGAUGCAGAUCAGAGAAGUCCCUUACCUGUGGAGGAGAGACCGGCCCGACUGUGUGGUGUGGSUGGUGACCUGCCUGGCUUCCAUCCUGUUGGGGCUGGAUCUGGGGCUGGCUGUAGGUCUAGGGAUCGAGCUGCUCACCGUUGUCUUCAGGGCUCAGUUCCCACGUUGCAGUGUCCUGGCCAAUAUCACAGGAACAGAUAUCUACAAAGACCGCAAGGAUUACAUGAGUAUCUAUGAGCCAGAGGGUGUUAAGAUCUUCAGGAUACCGUCACCCAUCUUCUUUGCCAAUAUAGAUUUUUUCAGAGGCAAGCUGGUGGAAGCUGUGGGCUUUAACCCUUUGAGGGUGUUGAGAAAGAGAAACAAAGCCCUGAGGAAGAUCAGGAAACUUCUAAAGAAAGGAGAGCUGCAGAUGACAUCUAAAGGCCUACUGCUCACCAGCUCUGGGCCCAUUGAGGAGUCUGAGGAUGAGAGCAACAUGGAGGAUCUGGACCAGCCCACUGACUUCAAGGACCUUCCUGUCCAGGUGAACUGGAACUCUGAGCUUCCUGCCAACAUCCAAGUCCCCAGAGUAGACGUCCACAGCCUGAUCCUGGACUUCUCAGCCGUCUCCUUCCUCGACGUCUCUGCCCUCAAGGGACUCAAAGCGGCACUCAAAGAGCUCAUUCGGGUUGAAGUUGAGGUCUACAUUGUGGCAUGUGACGCGUACAUCCUGAAGAAACUCCACAGCUGUAUGUUCUUUGACAACGAGGUGAAGUCGUCCAUGUUUUUCCUGACUCUCCACGAUGCCAUGCUGCAUAUCCUGGAGAAACAUCCAGUAAACUCUGAAAACACAAAAGUCUGUGAAAAGGUUAUAACAACAGCCACUAUCCAUGGCAACCAAUGCAAUGGUGUGUCGAGUUUGCGUAGCAGGGACAAAUUUGUACAUGUCUCAGAGACAGAAACCAAGUUCUAGUUCCAGAACUACACUCUCAGAUGUCAGUAUUUUAAUGGUUCUUCGGUUGUCCCUUUCCACAGAUGGUUCUACAUGGAACCCAAAGGAGUUCUACCUGGAACCAAAAAGGGUUAUAUUUGGAACCAAAAAGGGUUCUCCUAUGGGGACAGCUGAAGAACCCUUUUGGAACAACUUUUCUAAGAGUGUAGUGAUGUGUACAGUACUUUCCUUUCCUGGGAUGGCAUGCAUUUCCUGUGAUCGCUGUGCUUUCUGGUGAUAAUUGACAUAAGGACACAUGAUGCUGUCCUAAAAUGGACACCAUACAGUAACCAUAUGUACACAGGACACCACUUAUUGAGCUAAUAAUUGUACAUAAAAUAUAUUUGAAUGUU